AUGUCAGAUUCCAACACAACUGAUUUCACCAACCCCUCCACCUUCAUCCUGCUGGGCACUCCUGGCCUGGAGGCAGCUCACGUCUGGAUCUCCAUCCCCUUCUGUGCCAUGUACACCAUAGCCAUCUUGGGGAACUUCACCAUCCUGAUAAUCGUGAAGAGGGAGCUGAGCCUCCAUGGGCCCAUGUACUAUUUCCUCUGCAUGCUGGCUGUCACUGAUCUGGUCCUGCCUACAUCCAUCCUGCCCAAAACACUGAGCAUCUUCUGGUUCAAUUCCCGGGAGAUCAAUUUCAGUUCCUGUCUCACCCAGAUGUACUUCAUUCACUGCUUCUUCAUGAUGGAGUCUGGGAUCUUCGUGGCUAUGGCUUUUGAUCGCUACGUGGCCAUCUGCAACCCCCUGAGACAUUCCAGCAUCCUGAUAAACCCUGUCGUGGCCAUGAUUGGCCUGACCGUGGUACUGCGUGGUGGGAUGCUCAUACUGCCCUAUAUUCUCCUGGCAAGGCGUUGGCCUUAUUGCAGGACAAACAUCAUCUCCCACACGCACUGUGAGCACAUGGCUGUGGUGAAGCUGGCCUGCGCCGACACCCGCAUCAGUAAUUACUAUGGCCUCUUUGUGGUAUUCUGUGUGCUUGGUCUUGAUGUCUUUUUUAUCACAGUGUCAUAUACACAGAUCCUCAGGGCCAUCUUCAGGCUCCCCACAAAGGAUGCCAGGCUUAAGACUUUUGGGACUUGCAUCUCCCACCUAUGUGCCAUCUCAGCCUUUUACAUCCCAGGUCUUUUCUCCUCCCUCAUGUACCGGUUUGUCCAGAAUGUGGCCCUGAAUUUCCAUGUUCUCACAGCCAACGUGUACCUCCUGGUGCCCCCCAUGCUAAACCCCAUCAUCUAUGGGGUGAGGACCAAAAAGAUCCGGAACAGGCUGCUUGGGCUCUUUUCUCAUAAAGGGACCUAA